AGCAGCAAAGUCAAAGCUAAGCGAAGAGGACACGCGAAGAGGAGUGCCCAUCGGUUCAAAGGAAGUCCGCUUCCUCAGUGUCCUGUGUUACAAUCAUAAGUUAGUGGACCUGGAUGAACGUAUGAAGGCCGCGCAUGAGCAGCAGCUGCAGACCAGCAAGAUGCUUGAGGAGCGAGCGGCAGAGGACGAGGCGUUUCGGCGGCUCGUGCUGAAGCCCGAGGUCAUCGCUCUCGCUAGCACGUUCAUUGCCAGAGUCAUUUCUGGCAAGCCUCGGAGCGGGUCAACCUGCAGCAGCGGCAUGAAGGGUUUCAUCAAAGAGAACAGCCAGCUUGUGGGUGAUCUUGCCAAGGCGGCCAAGCUGGAUUGCUCACCUGAAGAGUUCGCGGAGUUUGCGGACAAGAACUACACGCUGAACGAUGACCAGCACAAAGCGCUGGACGAGGUUCUCAUCAACUCGGCGAAGAAGCUGAAGGAGGCGGGUGCUGUUCGCCUGCUGCGUGACAAGCUCGGCUGGCAGUGCAGCCUCAUCGAGAACAUGGAGGAGCUCGUGAAGCUCCUGAACGAGGCGCCAUAAGUCGUAAGAGCAGGAACGAACACGCCUGGCUGGCGGCGCUGGCGGCGGCGAAGGUGCACGUGGAGGUGCUGAGAGUGGGGGAGGUGCCGUCUGCAGGAGCAGCCGGCACAGCCGGACGAGGCGCGGCUGCUGGAAGACAGAAGCCGCGAUCGUGCGUGGUGAUGAGGCCGUGGGUGGCAGUGGUGGCGGAAUGAGUCAGGGCACGGUGGCUGGACAGCUGUAGCAGGACUGGGCACAGAGGCAUUAGCAGAAGAUGCACAUGGUGGCAUGCUUCGUCAAAACAGUUUCUGCUCGCUUGGGCUGGGUUGCAAUCAGCCAUGAGAAGGCUUGAGCUACCCGAUGGAGACUGUGCUGCGCGGAUGACCCUGUUGCAGGCCGAGGAGCCGGCUGGCGGUGUCUACGUAGCGGUCCGCGGUGGGGCUGGCAAGGCAUGCGUAGCGGCAUGACAAGCAGUGCGGCUGUUGACAACUGUGCUGCGUCUGGCUGCGGUUGGCUCUGCUGUGGCAUCGCGAUUGCUGGGCACCUUUGGCUAUGUGCCUGUGGAAACCGACCCCGGCUAUCGGGCUAUGUCCGGGCGAUGAGGUUGUUCGGCCUCAGACUGUGGAGGGGCUCAGCCCCUUUUCCCGUGACCGGGGAACACUUGUCACGUC